CUUAAACAACCAAACCCUCAUAAAACUGCAGGGAUCGUUAAAGAUAAAUACCUAACAACUCCAUAAUCAGCGAGCGAGAAAAAAAAGAUGUGGAGGUUAAAGAUAGGAGAGGGAGCGAAUAAUCCACACCUAUUCAGCACUAACAAUUUCGUGGGAAGACAAGCAUGGGAGUUUGAUGCAGAAGCAGGAACUGAUGAGGAACGAGCCCAAGUUGAAGCUGCUCGUCAAGAUUUCUAUCGAAAUCGCUUCAAAUUCAGAGCCUGUGGUGAUCGAAUGUGGCGGUUUCAGAUUCUAAGGGAAAACAAUUUCAAACAAACCAUAGAAAGAGUGAAGAUAGAAGAUGGUGAGAAGAUUACAUAUGAGAAAACUACGACCGCAAUGAAGAGAGCUGUGAAUUACUUAUCGGCUUUGCAGACUGGUCAUGGUCAUUGGCCGGCUCAUAUUGGUGGUAGCCUCUUUUUUAUCCCUCUCAUGGUCAUUUCCUUGUACGUUAUUGGACAUCUUGAUUCUGUACUUUCGGAAGAACAUCGCAAAGAAAUUCUUCGUUAUGUAUACUAUCAUCAGAACGAAGACGGAGGGUGGGGACUACACAUAGAGGGUGAGAGUGUGAUGUUUUGUACUACACUUAAUUACAUAUGUAUGCGAAUUCUGGGAGAAGGACCAAAUGGAGGUCUUAACAAUGCUUGUGCUAAAGGACGAAAAUGGAUUCAUCAACAUGGCACUGUAACUCAUAUUCCUCAAUGGGGAAAAUUCUGGCUUUCAGUUCUUGGUAUAGUUGAUUGGAGUGGAUGCCAUCCUUUGCCACCUGAAUUUUGGAUGCUUCCUAACUUUUUUCCUAUGCAUCCAGGAAAAAUGUGGUGUUAUUGUCGAUUGAUAUAUAUGCCUAUGUCCUACCUAUAUGGAAAAAAAUUUACGGGUCCAAUCACACCAUUAAUUCUGAAUUUGAGGGAAGAGCUGUUUACUGAGCCAUAUAAUGAAAAUAUGUGGAAGAAAGCACGUCAUAAGUGUGCAAAGGAAGAUCUUUACUCUCCCCGUCACUGGAUACAAGAUCUAAUAUGGGAUGGUGCUUAUUUUGUUGCUGAGCCCAUUCUGAGACGUUGGCCCUUGAAUAAGUUGGUUAGAGAAAAAGCACUUAAACUAACAAUGGAGCAUAUUCAUUAUGAAGAUGAAAAUAGUCGAUACAUGGACGUUGCGUGUUUGGAAAAGAUGUUAUGUAUGGUUGCUUGUGCGGUGGAAGAUCCAAAUGGAAAAGCUAUUAAGAAGCAUCUUGCAAGGGUUCCUGAUUAUCUUUGGGUUUCAGAAGAUGGAAUAACACUACAGGCUUCUGGAAGUCAAUCCUGGGAUGCAGGCUUCAUGGUUCAAGCUCUUUUAGCUACUGACCUAAUGAAGGAUUUUGGUCCCACACUUGCAAAAGCAUAUGAUUUUCUUAAAAAGUCUCAGGUUCAAAACAAUUCGUCAGGAGAUUUUAAGAAAAUGUUUCGUCACAUGUCGAAAGGGACAUGGACCUUUACUCACCAGGAUCAUGGAUGGCAAGUUUCUGACUGCACUGCAGAAUGUCUGAAUAGUGUUCUGCUUCUAUCAUCGAUGCCUGAGGAGAUUGUGGGAGAAAAGAUAGAGCCUCGAAAGUUAUAUGAUACAGUCGAUUUCUUAUUGUCAAUUCAGAGUAAAAAUGGAGGUAUAACGGCGUGGGAGCCAUCACUGUCUCAAAAAUGGUUGGAGUUACUGAAUCCGACGGAAAUGUUUGCUGAUAUAAUAAUUGAGCACGAAUAUGUGGAAUGCACUGGAUCAGCAAUGCAGGCUUUGGUAUCGUUCAGAAGGGAACAUCCAAAUUACAGGGGGAAAGAUGUUGAUAAUUUCAUUGUCAGAGCAGUUGAAUACCUCGAAAAUGAACAAAAAAGUAAUGGUGGUUGGUAUGGGGAGUGGGGGAUUUGCUUCACUUACAGUUCUUGGUUUGCACUUCGAGGUUUAGAUGUUGCUGGAAAGACUUACAAUAAUUGUGAAGCCAUUCGUAAAUCUGCGAAAUUUCUACUCUCAAUACAGAAUGAGGAUGGUGGGUGGGGAGAGAGUUAUCUUUCAUGUCCAAUGAAGACUUACGUGGCUCUUGAAGGAAAUCGAUCACAUGUUACUCAAACAGCUUGGGCUCUAAUGGCUUUAAUUCUUACUGGCCAGGCCGAUAGAGAUCCAAAUCCCCUCCACCGUGCAGCAAAGUUAAUAAUCAAUUCACAGUUGCAAAGUGGUGAUUGGCCUCAAGAGCAAGCGACGGGUGUAUAUUUGAAGAAUGGAGUGUUGCAUUACGCUUUAUACAGAAAUGUUUUUCCAUUAUGGGCUUUGGCUGAAUAUCGUACCAAAGUUUUAUUGCCUUCCACUUCUGCGUAGCUUCAAAUGCUGUGAGCUAUGAAAGACAAUUAAUAUCAUAGAAGUAAAGAAUCCGGCAAAUAAAAUAAGAGAAGUUGGUGUUUCAGUUCAGUAGUAAUACGCUUUUUCCUUUUCCUGUAUUCUUAAUUCUGAAGCGGUCCUUUUCUGUCAUAGAUGGAUUGCAUCAGUAAAAAGACCACUGUGAGGAUUAAAUCAAAUGAAUGUAUAAUAAAAUUACAUGUAAGAAUUAAAAUCA